UAUAAUAAAAAAAUUCAAAAUGAGUUGCUUUGAAUCUUGUGUUAAAUGUCUUGGUCUGGUACCAUGGGCAUCUUUGAUUGCUCUUGUUAUCUGCUGGGCAGGAACAGCAUUAUUCUGUGGUACGGGGCAUGAAGCUCUCACCCUAUCAUUAAAGGUGUUGGUGGAUGCAAAAAUUCCCGGAUUUUCUCAAGGCACAUCUAAUAUUGAUGAAGUGUUUCAAGCAUUCAAAUACGCUAUAUAUGGUAUUGCACCUUUCAUGUUCAUUUUAACAAUCCUACUUCUGGUUGAUGGAAUACUGGCAACUAGAGCAGUCAAAAAGGAAAUUGAAUUUAGUUGUAAAACAAACAAAUGUGGAAUUUGUGCUGGAAUUUUGUAUUCUGUGAUAACAUACCUCACAUCUGUGGCUUGGUUGUUAAUGUCUGUGUUUGCUGGUUUACCUAUCUACUUUUUUCAAGUGUCAAAUACACAAUGUGGCAUUGUUUUGGAUCAACCAAGUUCAAACAUUACUGGAGUAUGUAUUGAUUUCGUCCAAGCAGGACUGAUGCCUUACCAAAAUGCUCCUGAAAACUAUGGCAAACUUUGUGGGGAAGACUUGAAAACUGUCUGUGACAGUAAUGAUUACACAUUAACAUAUCAGAUGUUUUUGAUUGCAUUUGCUGGAUCAUGCAUAGUUGUCUUAAGCUUGAAACAUUUCCUGAUGGCUCUCUCUGCAAAUUUUGCCUAUAUCAAGAUGUCUCGAAAAUUAGCAGAUUAUCAAAAUACCAAAUACCAGGAAGAAAUGGAAUUGAACGACAUCAUUAAUACUGCCCGUUCGAAUGAAAGGCUGACUUACAAAUAUUAAUCUCAGCAUUCAAGAAUAAAUGGUGUAGACAAGCAUUUGAUUUUCGUCAACAUACUUUUUCUGUAAAAACUUUUACACUUUUUUUCGUUUCAAGAAAUAUGACAUUGUUCUAUAUUGCUGCUGGCUUUAUGUGAAUGAAUAAAGUUGCAAUUGAAUAUCAUUACUAUUCAGAGGAACAAAAAUUUAAUGCCAAAUUGUGAUUUCCAUGAAUGUUUUAUUGCAUCAUAACCAAUGCUCAAUUAAAUUGUGAAGUCUUGCCUUAUAUCCGAAUACUAUGGUGCUUAUUAAAAUAGACUUUUUUAAAUUGAUCGUUAGGUCAUUUUUUUGUGUGUGAAUUUGCUAUAAAUCCUCUGCAUUGCAAGAUGCUCUAUUUUCUUUUAUACUGGUACAUUUAUGAUUUCUAAAUUUUUUAUUACAAAUUUGUAAAAUUCAAACUAGAAUUACUUAAUUCAAAUUGUUUGUGUCAUUUUGCUUCACACAUAUUUUUGCUGCUUAUUAAAAUGCAUUAUCAUGACCUUUUUAAUUAAAUUAUCAACUACAAU